CAGACAGCAUGUCGCUGCUACCUGUUUGAGGGAAUAUACGCACAGUUAUCGGCAGCGAACACAGAGUCCAGGUCCCGAUGUCUUCAGGAGGAGUUGGUUCUGCCACCAGGUUCGACCGGGUGCGGGAGAUCCCACACUAUGACCAGGUCCCUGUGGGCUCCUUAUGGCGGGACACGGAUUUCCCUCUGCCCCCACCUUCCAUGCAUGGAACAUUGCCGACCACCAGCUUAGACCCCCUUCCCCCUCCCCCUCUACCUGAUCAGCCAGCUGUUGGGUCAGUAUCCUUCUACCCCCCCAGCGACGAUGAGCCAAUGGAGGACAACUGUGACGCCAUGGACAUUAAGCCGGUGCGCCGCUUCAUCCCUGACUCUGUCAAGAACUUCUUCCGCGGCAACAGUGGUAACCGUGGCAGCAAGGGUUGGUCCAUCCCCCCUCCUCCACCUGCCCCUCACUCCCCCGCCCCCUCGUCCUGGAAGAGUGGUAAUUGCCAAACUACUUCGGGAGUCCCCUGCUCGCCUCCCCACUCCGCCCCUCCAUCUCCGUCCCUUCCUGGGUCCUAUCGGGACCCCUAUGGCGGCUCUGGAGGCAGCUACACCACUGAGAAGGAGCGAGACAGGCUGCUGCUGGGUGCUGAAGCCCUCGACUCCGUUUCCGCAGUGCCCACCAAUUUGUCAGUCCAGACCUACCACGAGCGGGUGGAGGAGUACCACGAGCGCUACGCCUACAUGAAGUCCUGGGCUGGCCUGCUGAGGCUCCUGGGCUGCGUGCAACUGCUGCUGGGAGCUGUUGUGUUCGCCUGCGUCUGCGCUUAUGUUCAUAAGGACAACGAGUGGUUCAAUAUGUUUGGAUACUCCCAGCCGCAGCUGUAUGGGGGACUCGGUGGAGGUGCUGGUGCAUAUGGAUCUGGGGGCGGUUACUACACAGGCCCCAAGACGCCUUUUGUCCUGGUGGUGGCUGGUCUUGCGUGGAUCGUGACUGUUAUUCUGGUCGUCAUUGGGAUGACCUUAUACUACAGAACCAUCCUUCUAGACUCUUCCUGGUGGCCGCUCACUGAGUGUUCCAUCAACCUGGUGUUGGCGGUGCUCUAUUUGGCAGCGGGGAUAAUGUAUGUCAGGGACACCACUCGAGGGGGGCUGUGCUACAUGCCGGUCUUCAAUAAUGGAGUAAAUGGAGCGUUCUGUCGCACCGAGGCCGGCCAGACAGCAGCCAUCAUCUUCCUCUUCAUCACCAUGGUGCUCUACUUCAUCAGUGCGGUAGUGUGUCUGAAGCUGUGGAGGCACGAAGCAGCCAGGAUGAGGAAGGAGGGGCUGGCACAGGAGAUGAAAACCAUUGGAUCAUCGGUCCCUCUGUCUAUUCUGGGUCCAUCCUCCAGGGCCUCAGAGCAGACUCCUCUGCCCACCAUCCAACCAGACAUCAUGGAUGCUCCAAACUCUGCAGCCGCUUCUCUGAUAGCGCUGGAGCCAGAGAUCCUCCGAGGUCACAUACCAGCCGGACACAUCCCCAAACCUGUUGUUAUAGCCGACUAUGUGGCGAAGUAUCCCAGCAUCCGCACGGACGAGGAGAGGGACCAGUACAAGGCUGUGUUCAAUGACCAGUACGCCGAGUACAAGGAGAUACACGCUGAGGUUCAGGUCAUGGCCAAAAAGUUUGAAGAGAUGGACGAGAUGAUGCAGACCCUUUCUUCCCGGCCUUCCAGCCAAAUGGAGAAGGAGAGGAUCAGUGGCAUUUUAAUGGAGUAUCAGAGGAAGAAAGCUGACCCAACGUAUUUGGAAAAAAGGGAGAGGUGUGAGUACCUGAAGAACAAGCUCUCUCACAUCAAACAGAAGAUUCAGGAGUACAACGUCAAAGACUGACACAGUCUGCAACAGUGUAGUGGAACAAGAGAAUGUCCUCAUUGUUGAUAAUACCCUAAUAGCUGAAUGUAGAUAUGCCAUUAUCACAUUAGAAUAGGUUGAUACCAUCACUGCUGUCAGUAAUGUCAAUGAUCUUGUCACAGGUAGAAACAUCAUCAGUGGAAAUGUCAUUCUAGAGAGUGGAAAGGUCAAAGGAAAAGUAAGCUACACCCAAAAUGGGAUCUGAAUACAUGGACAGAAUGCAGACAGCUGGAAUGGAUCAACCUAAAUAAAUGGCUUUUUUUUUUCCUUUUUUUUUUUGCUUUUUUUGCCAUUUGAGAUAAAAAGAUGAUUAUAAGUUUCAUCACUGUGUCCUGUCCGAUGUUUGUUUAACACAGACUGGAGGAAGAGGUAACUGCAAGACCAGCUUAAUCAGAAGAGACCAUAUGGACAUUUUUAUCAGCCACAUUUGAUAUAUAUAUAAAAUUAAUUAUACAAGAAAUUAAAUUAUCUUUUCAUCUGAGUUUGGGUAAGGUGACAAUCAAGCACAUAUUCGAACAUGUGUGUGAAUAGCACCAUAACAGAUAUAGGAGAGGUUUGUUAUAAGUUAGUUUAACUAUGUAUAUUGUUGGUCAGAUACUUGUGUAUGUGUCAUACAGUGGGAGUUUCUUCUGCCGUGUAAUCUUCUCUUGAAAUAUGAACAAUUACUAAAAGCUGUCCACAGUGGAAUGUAAGAACUAUCUCACACUUAACUUAAAUCUCAACAGAUGUGUCUUUAAAUGAGUUUUAAUCACUCCUUUUAGUAACUCUGUAUUUGUACAUUGAUAUGUUUGAUAUGUGUAUGUUUUGUAUCAUAUAUGUACUACUGCUUUACGCCAAUGAAGCACCUUUUUUACAUACUUUUUUUA